AUGGGUCCGGACGGUUUGCUCUUCAUAUUUGCUUUACUGGACGAAGGCGCUCUACUUUUUCUGGCUGUGUACUUUGUAAUCACUCUGUCAGAUUUGGAGUGUGACUAUCUCAAUGCGAGAACAUGCUGUGACAAGUUAAACUAUGUGAGUAACUAUUUGAUCAUUACACAUCUGGGUCUAUCGUCACUGUUCUUGCUUCUUUGUGGGCAUUGGCUUCUCUUUCUGUUGUAUUGCCCUCUGGGAGCAUGGCUGCUGUAUAAGUUUGUUAUGAAGCCAUCGGGUAAUAUUGGAUUGUUUGAUCCUACUGAAAUCCAUAACCACAAGCAUUUGAAAACAUACAUGAGGGAGAGUCUUGUACGACUGGGAUUCCAUAUAAUAUUCUUCUUUGUCUAUCUGUACUGGAUGAUCUACUCUCUGGUGAAAGGCUACUAG